AUGGGUCAUUUGAUAAAAGAUUGUCCUCAAAAGAAUCAACAAAAUGAUAAUAAGGCUGCCACAAGCUCAGUGGGGUCUACACCAGCUCCUAAUGCCAAGACAGCUGCUAAACCUGUUAACAAUAAGGAUACGGCGAGGCAAGGUAGGGUAUUUGCGUUGGUUCCGGGAGAUGUUCAUAGUGCAACAACAGUGGUGUCAGAAGAACUGACUUAUGAGUUGAGUGUAUCUUCACCUAUGGGAAACUCUAUGAUCUGUACCUCUGUAUAUCCUGCUUGUGAACUUCUAAUUGGGAAUGUCCGUGUAUAUGCUAAUCUGUUACCUCUUGAUAUGAAUUCUUUUGAUAUUAUUUUGGGAAUGGAUUGGUUGGGUGAAUAUGGUGCCACCAUAGACUGUUUGACUAAGCGGAUCAGUUUCCAUCCUCCGGGGCAAUCGGAAUCUACUUUUCAGGGACAUGGGGUGAUUUCUCCACCGUAUUUGAUUUCGGCAGCAAGAGCUUGUAAAUUAAUCCAGAAGGGGUGCCAGGGGUAUUUAUGCAGUGCAUUGGAAGAGCAAGUAGUGAAUGGGAGUACUGAUAAAGUUCCAGUUGUCUGUGAAUUUUUGGAUGUUUUUCCGGAAGAAUUGCCAGGAGAGUUAGUGGACCGUGAAAUCGAGUUUACGAUCGAAGUGUUACCAGGGAUCCAACCCAUUUCUAAAACUCCGUACCGGAUGUCACCAGUUGAGAUGAAGGAAUUGAAGACGCAGUUGCAAGACCUACUGGAUAAGGGGUUUAUCCGUCCGAGUGUCUCUCCAUGGGAGAAUGCAGAAGCUCAUAAGAAUCAUCUUCGUUUAAUUCUUCAAACCCUCCGAGAAAAGAAGUUAUACGCAAAGUUAAAGAAAUGCGAAUUCUGGCUACGUGAAGUGGCAUUUCUGGGGCAUGUCAUAACAAAGGAAGGAGUCUCUGUAGACCCAAACAAGAUUGAGGCAAUCGUGAACUGGCCAACUCCAACUAAUGUGACUGAAGUACGUAGUUUUAUGGGAUUAGCCGGACAUUAUAGGAGAUUUGUUCAAGAUUUUUCCAAGAUUGCUGUACCACUCACACAGUUGACUAAAAAGGGAGUUGCUUUCGAAUGGUCAGAACAGCGGGAAUCUGCUUUCCAAGAAUUAAAAAUGAAGUUGACUACAGCUCCGGUCCUUGCCCUACCGUCCGGUACUGAGGGAUUUGUGAUUUACAGCGAUACAUCACAUAAGGGACUUGGUUGUGUGCUUAUGCAAAGCGGAAGAGUUACCGCUUAUGCUUCUCGCCAGCUUAAACCCCAUGAGAAGAGUUACCCCACGCAUGACCUUGAGCUGGCUGCAGUAAUUUUUGCUUUAAAGAUAUGGCGGCAUUAUCUGUAUGGGACUACCUGCGACAUCUAUACCGACCAUAAAACCAACACGGUGUUGGACGCACUUAGUCGAAAAAAUGUGGGAAACAUGGCAAAUCUACUAAUAGGGCAGAAAGAGUUGGUAAUUGAGCUGAAUAAGAUGGAGGUCGAUUUGGUGAUGCAUGGUCAGGGAGCAACAGUGGCAGCAAUGAUGGCCCAACCGACAUUACUUGAAGAGAUUAAAUUACAUCAAAGGGAAGAUGGAGCUCUAAAGAAGAUAUGUGAUGAAAUAGAGAGAAAACCGAGACCGGGGUUCACUUUGACGGAUUCUGUACUCAAAUUUCAAAAUCGAGUGUGUGUCCCUAACGUGUUAGAACUUAAGCGGAAACUGAUGGAAGAAGCACAUGUCUCAAGGUUUUCAAAUGCAUCCAUGAAGCACUAA